GCCAGGAGGCUGGCGCCCUCCGGUCACUCCGGGACCCUCCCGCCGUAUCCCCUGGGCAACUGUCUCCAGGGAGACGGAGCCCGCCCCUGCCACCGACACCGGACAUAUGAGGAGCUGAGCAGCCAGCAAAAGUGGGAUGAAGUUCACUGAUGGCAAAGCACUUUUAAUCUCCCAGGCAGAAGGGCCUUGGCUGGUCGUCCUUACUGGCCUGUCCUGGAAAGGAGAACGGGCCUCGGAGCAGUAAGGCAACAGAAUGCCCCCUGGGGUGGACUGCCCCAUGGAGUUCUGGACCAAAGAGGAGAGUCAGAACGUGGCUGUUGACUUCCUGCUGCCCACAGGGGUCUACCUGAACUUUGCGGUGCCCCGAAAUGCCAACCUCAGCUCCAUCAAACAGGUGCUGUGGCGAAAUGCGCAGUAUGAGCCGUUCUUCCAUAUGCUCAGUGACCCUGAGGCUUACGUGUUCACCUGCGUGAACCAGACAGCAGAGCAGCAGGAGCUGGAGGAUGAGCAGCGCAGGCUGUGUGACAUCCAGCCCUUCCUGCCCGUGUUGCGCCUGGUGGCGCGAGAGGGUGACCGUGUGAAGAAGCUCAUUAACUCCCAGAUUAGCCUCCUCAUCGGCAAAGGUCUCCAUGAGUUUGAUUCCUUGAGGGACCCAGAAGUGAACGACUUCCGCACUAAGAUGCGCCAGUUCUGCGAAGAGGUCGCUGCUCGCCGCCAACAGCUGGGCUGGGAGGACUGGCUGCAGUAUAGCUUCCCCCUGCAGCUGGAGCCCUCGGCAAGGAGUUGGCGGGCAGGCAUCCUCCGUGUCACCAGUAGAGCCCUGCUGGUCAAUGUGAAGUUUGAGGGCAGUGAGGAGAGCUUCACCUUCCAGGUGUCCACCAAGGACAUGCCCCUGGCACUGAUGGCCUGUGCCCUCCGGAAGAAGGCCACAGUGUUCCGGCAGCUUCUGGUGGAGCAGCCUGAAGACUAUACCCUUCAGGUGAACGGGAGGCAUGAAUACCUCUAUGGCAGCUACCCGCUCUGCCAGUUUCAGUACAUCUGCAGCUGCCUGCACAGCGGACUGACUCCCCACCUGACCAUGGUCCACAAAUCCUCCAUCCUCGCCAUGCGGGAUGAGCAGAGCAACCCUGCCCCCCAAGUCCAGAAACCACGCACCAAACCUCCCCCAAUCCCUGCUAAGAAGCCCUCCUCUGUGUCCUUGUGGUCCCUGGAGCAGCCUUUCUGCAUUGAGUUGAUCGAGGGCAGCAAAGUGAAUGCGGAUGAGCGGAUGAAGCUGGUUGUACAGGCCGGGCUCUUCCAUGGCAACGAGAUGCUCUGCAAGACGGUGUCCAGCUCAGAGGUGAAUGUGUGCUCAGAGCCCGUGUGGAAGCAGCGGCUGGAGUUCGACAUCAACGUCUGUGACCUGCCGCGCAUGGCUCGGCUCUGCUUCGCGCUCUAUGCUGUCGUGGAGAAGGCGAAAAAGGCGCGCUCUACAAAGAAGAAGUCCAAGAAGGCGGACUGCCCCAUCGCCUGGGCCAACCUCAUGCUAUUUGACUACAAAGACCAGCUUAAGACCGGAGAACGCCGUCUCUACAUGUGGCCUUCUGUCCCAGAUGAGAAAGGAGAGCUGUUGAACCCGGCGGGUACAGUGCGUAGUAACCCCAACACGGAGAGCGCUGCAGCCCUGGUCAUCUGCCUGCCUGAGGUGGCCCCCCAUCCUGUGUACUUCCCUGCUCUGGAGAAGAUUCUGGAGCUGGGGCGUCACGGUGAGCGUGGGCGCAUCACAGAGGAGGAGCAGCUGCAGCUGAGGGAGAUCCUGGAGCGGCGGGGGUCUGGGGAGCUGUACGAACACGAGAAGGACCUGGUGUGGAAGAUGCGACAUGAAGUCCAGGAGCACUUCCCGGAGGCCCUGGCCCGCCUGCUACUGGUCACCAAGUGGAAUAAGCACGAGGAUGUGGCCCAGAUGGUCUAUUUGCUGUGCUCCUGGCCGGAGCUUCCUGUGCUGAGUGCCCUGGAACUGCUGGACUUCAGCUUCCCUGACUGCUACGUGGGCUCCUUCGCCAUCAAGUCCCUGAGGAAGCUGACGGAUGAUGAGCUUUUCCAGUACCUUCUGCAGCUUGUGCAGGUGCUCAAAUACGAGUCCUACCUGGACUGCGAGUUGACCAAAUUCUUGCUGGACCGAGCCCUGGCGAACCGCAAGAUUGGCCACUUCCUCUUCUGGCACCUCCGCUCUGAGAUGCACGUGCCGUCAGUGGCGCUGCGUUUUGGCCUCAUCAUGGAGGCCUACUGCAGAGGCAGCACCCACCACAUGAAGGUGCUGAUGAAGCAGGGGGAAGCACUGAGCAAGCUAAAGGCGCUGAAUGAUUUCGUGAAGUCUCCGCUCGAUCCCAGCACCCUGCUGGAGGAAGUCUGUGUGGAGCAGUGCACCUUCAUGGACUCCAAGAUGAAGCCACUGUGGAUCAUGUACAGCAGCGAGGAGGCGGGCAGUGCUGGCACCGUGGGCAUCAUCUUUAAGAACGGGGAUGACCUCCGCCAGGACAUGCUGACUCUGCAGAUGAUCCAGCUCAUGGAUGUCCUGUGGAAGCAGGAAGGCCUGGACCUGAGGAUGACCCCCUACGGCUGCCUUCCCACUGGAGACCGCACAGGCCUCAUUGAGGUGGUCCUCCACUCGGAUACGAUUGCCAACAUCCAGCUGAACAAGAGCAACAUGGCAGCCACAGCUGCCUUCAACAAGGACGCCCUGCUUAACUGGCUCAAGUCCAAGAAUCCCGGGGAGGCCCUGGAUCGAGCUAUCGAGGAAUUCACCCUCUCCUGUGCGGGCUACUGUGUGGCCACGUAUGUGCUGGGCAUUGGUGACCGACAUAGCGACAACAUCAUGAUCCGAGAGAGUGGACAGCUGUUCCACAUCGAUUUUGGACACUUUCUGGGGAACUUCAAGACCAAGUUUGGAAUCAACCGUGAGCGAGUUCCCUUCAUUCUCACCUACGACUUUGUCCACGUGAUCCAACAGGGGAAAACUAAUAACAGUGAGAAAUUCGAAAGGUUCCGCGGCUACUGUGAACGCGCCUACACCAUCCUGCGGCGCCAUGGGCUGCUCUUCCUCCAUCUCUUCGCCCUCAUGCGUGCCGCAGGUCUGCCCGAGCUUAGCUGCUCCAAAGAUAUCCAGUAUCUCAAGGACUCUCUGGCACUAGGGAAGACAGAGGAAGAGGCGCUCAAGCACUUCCGGGUGAAGUUCAAUGAAGCCCUACGGGAGAGCUGGAAAACCAAAGUCAACUGGCUGGCGCACAAUGUGUCCAAGGAUAACAGGCAAUAAGGGGCCCUCCCCUGGCUAUCAGCCCCAGAGGUAAACUGUCGGACCUGGGGACUAAGCACGCUCAGUGGUCAUCAAAGAGGCCAUGACACCUGCCGUUCCUCAGGGGGAGGAACCACACAAUCGCCUCUUGUUUACACUGGUUAUUUAUUUAUGACUCAAAUGUUUAAGGAACAAAACAGCCAUAAAUGGAACUGUCUUUGUGGAGGGGGGUGAUGUCCUCAUGGGACACCCCUUAUCCCACCCCCGUCAGCACUGUAAGCAACGCCUUGAGGAUUGCACCCCGAGUCUUCCAACCUGUGGAUCUUGGCCCAGCAAAGAGUUCUUCUUGGGGCCUUCUUCAGGUUCCCCGCUAGGCUGCCUGGGGCAAGCCUGGCAGUGACCUGGUGCCUCCCAUCCAGACAGACGACACCUCAAUCCUCAGCUCACCCCCACCACCUUUGUGUGGCCCACCUUUGGCGACCUCCACCAACCAAGCCUCUGGCAGCUCCCGAGGAAGUCAGGGCACUCUCUAGACUCAGGCACGUUUGCUCUGCCCUGCUGAAGUGACCUCUUGGAUAUGGGGACACCCUCACCUUUUAUUUUCGGGUAAGAAAAGGAUAGCCAAACUAUGUACAGAACUCGACGGCUGGGAGAAGGGCCUGGCCCCCCACUAUGAAUAGUAUGUGCCAGUCUUCAAAACACUCAAAACUGGCGAUUGGUUCAGGGCAGUGUGGUCACGAAUGGAGACAAAGGCAAGAACAGUCCACUGUGCAGAGUGUGAAAGAGUGUGAGCCACACCCAAAGGCAGCUUUAGGGACAGGCAGGAUCUCUCCCGAGCUAUCCCUGGAAAGGCAGCCCGAGAGCCAGGUUCUGAAGGGAGAACAAGAGUGAGGGCCAAAUUCAAAGCAGCCUGGGCUUUCAUCCUUGAAAAGGAACAGAUCACAACGACUCUAGAGAUGCAGGUCUGAGCCUCCUCCCGGGCUUCCCAAAGCCAUUCUAGCGAUGGCGCAAGGUACCUGGGCUUUUAGCUCAAUGAUCUGGGGACACAGCUCAGUGAUACAGCAUGCGCUCCAUGCAACGUCAUGAGCACAUCUCCAUGUAUCGGCUGCCACCUCAGGACCUGGAUCUCUCGGUAUCAUUCUGAGACCUGCAGACCCUUCGUGGCUGUGUUGCCAGCAGCCCAGAAAAUGGCUCAAGGAGGCCAGGUGCCAGUGCCCCCUGUUGAUGAGCUGAGGGUCCAGCAGCAGUUUGUACCUCCACGAAGAACCUGCUUAGCCCAAGUAGCUGCUGAAACCCUCAGUCUGCCCCCCACCAAUGCUGAGACAGGAAAUGUGCUCGUGUGUGUGUGUGUGUGUGUGUGUGUGUGUGUGUGUGUGUGUGUAUGUGUGCGCGCGAGUGCGCGUGCAUGCGUGCGUGCCUGCCAAGUUAUUUAUUGAAACGAGUCUGGGUGCUCUCUGGUGUGGUGCAGACUGCACACGCUCAGCCUUUGAGUUGGUGUAUGGUCUGUGCACCUGGCUGUAAGAAUAUUUUCUAUUUUUUUUUAAGUCAUUUCAUGUUUGUGUGGGAAGUGGACUUCUUUCCACUGAUGUGGGCUGAGACAUCUGUGCCACCUUGACAUGACAGGUAAAGACAGGUGGAAAGAAAUAAAAGACUUUCUAUGUUCUUACAUUCUCGGCUCCAAAAGCAGCAGGGGGCGGGCUGGGGACCUGGUGCAGGGGUGGAACACGUACCUGGAACGUGCGAGGCCCGAUGCCUUCCUCCAUAACAACCGAAA